AUGCAAAGCCCUCCCGGGGCACCCACCUUCCUCCCGCCGUCUGCCGGGGCACGCGUCUCCCUCGGGCCAUCACGUCGUGGUGCCUCUCCCCCCCAGGAUGGCCAAGUGCACCUGGUCACGCUCCUGGAUGAAACCACCACGGCCGAGUGCCGGCAGGAGGUCGCCAUCAACUUGGUCAAACUCUUCCUGGGCCAAGGGCUGGUCAAGGAGUUCCUGGACCUGCUCUUCGAGCUGGAGCUGGCCAAGCCCUCAUUUGUGUUUGUGCUGCGUGGUUGUUCACUGCUGCUUUUCCCUUCCAGGCAGUUACUGAAAGACCCCCAGGUGUUAUUUGCAGGGUACAAGGUCCCGCACCCGCUGGAACACAAGAUUAUCAUCCGGGUCCAAACCACCCCCGAUUACAGCCCCCAGGAGGCUUUCACCAACGCCAUCACAGAUCUGAUCAGCGAGCUCUCCCUCCUGGAGGAGAGGUUCAGGGUUGCCAUCAAAGACAAACAAGAAGGAAUUGAGUAAAAGAUCACCCCAUUUAGAGCGGCCUGUACUUCUGCUGCAGAAUGAUGUGCCUGUUAGUUGAACGCUAUAUUUAAACCUCCGUUCACGGCAAAUAUGUUCCUCCUUGUCCCACUUACUUUUGGUUUUUGACAGCAGCAGUGAUCUUUUGAGGGUUGUGGGGGGUUUUUUUGUACCAGACAGGCAGCUUGCCAGGAGGGUGGAUGUCGUGUUUGAUUUGAUAGAUAAGUCCUUAAAAUGAUUUCUACUUUUCUAAUUGGAGCCUCAAGGCAAAUAUUUGUACCGGGCUGUUGGCGAGUUUAUUGUGAGUGUACUUCCAGAAUGAGAAGCCGCUGAGCGAUAGCGGUAGAUGAACUCUCUGCUUUUCCUUUUCAAGAAAUCUAGGCACUGCCAACUGAACUGGUAUUUUGUUUUAUUACGUGUCAUUUCUAUAAAACAAAUGCACAAAUUGUGAAAAGUUACAGUAAAAGAAACCGGAUGUUUACAAU